AUGGCGGGCAAGAAAGGCGCCGGAGAGAACUCGAAAAAGACACAGGGGCAAGCCCGCAAGGCCGAAGCUGCUGCCCAGAAGCAGGCCCAGAAGGACAAAGCAGCGGAAGCAGAGGAGGCAAAGAAGUGGGAUCAGGGCGCAAAGUCCAUGUCCAAGGCAGAGGCCGCAGCCGCAAAGAAAGAGGAAGCCGCCCGCAAGAAAGCCGAGAAGGAGGCUCUUCUAAAAGAAGAAGAGGCGUCCCUACCCUCGAAAGCAAAGGGCGCCGGCGCCAAAAAGGCCGAGAAGAAGACCCGCGGUAUCGAUGCCGCUCUCGGAUCCCUGGACAAGACCUCUGCACUUCACGCUUCCGGCAUCGAUAACGCUCUCGACGCGCUGAGUUUGACCACGAAAGAGGGCGAAAAAGUCGAGCGGCACCCGGAGCGGAGAUUCAAGGCUGCGUAUGCCGCAUAUGAGGAGCGCAGGCUCGAUGAGAUGAAGGACGACAAAUCACUAAGGCGACAGCAGAAGAUUGACCAGAUCCGGAAGGAGUUCGAGAAGCACCCGGAGAACCCCUUCAAUCAAGUGUCGACCUCGUACAACGCGACAAAGGAAGAGAUCGCCGAGCUCAAGGAGAGCGAGAGGCUCAAGAAGGAGAAACGACUGGCGGGCUCCUCAAGCUGA